CAUGAGUCUGUGCAGUACAGAAAUAGCUCAGAGUCAGCUCCUAUGAAUAACAGCAGAACUGGCAGCAGACGUUCGUCUCAGAUGAUCUAUCAUGAGCUCUCCAGAGAUCGCCUCGCUCUCCUGGGGCCACAUGAAGGUGAAGGGAUGCUCCUCCAGCUACAAAGACUGUAAGGUCUGGCCCGGAGGCAGCCGGGCCUGGGACUGGAGAGAGACCGGCACCGACCACCGUCCAGGAGUUCAACCUGCUGACCUGGAGGAGGUGCUGAGGAAAGGAGUCGAGCUGCUGGUCAUCGGCAGAGGCAUGAGCGAGGCUCUGCAGGUGGAACUCAGUCCAAGAUUUAAAGAGAAAUGUCAUCAUGGUCAAUUCAUACUGAUUCACUUAGAGAACUCUGUGGACGUCCUAAUAAAGGGAAACAGCUGA